AUGUCCUUGACAACGGCCGUCUCUGACGAGGAUGAUGGCGAGAGCGUUAUGAACUCUCCCUAUAAAGCGAAGCAGACAGGAACGGCGGCGGCUUCUUUCAACUGCACUGGCGCCGUUAGAAAAGCAGGAUUCCUUAGUGUGAAAAAAUGGCUUUUGAGGAAAAAACACCAGAUCGAGCUAGCGAGGAAGCGGGGCUGGAAAGGCUAUUGGGUGUGCCUGAAGGGGACGACGCUGUUGUUCUACCCGUGCGACUCGCGGGAAGGCCGGUCAGUGGAGGCGGCCCCCAAGCACCUCAUCAUCGUCGACGGGGCCAUAAUGCAGCCCAUCCCCGAGCACCCCAAGAGAGACUACAUAUUUUGUCUGAGCACGGCGUUCGGUGACGCCUACUUGUUCCAGGCACCUUGCCAGGUUGAAUUAGAGAACUGGGUAAACAGCAUUCAUAGUGCUUGUGCCGCAGCUUUUGCAAGACACCGAGGAAAGACUGGAACUUUACACUUACUUCAAGAAGAGAUCUUCCGCCUCGAGAAAGCCAUCGAGACGGACUACAAACUCAAACACAUGGCAGAGAUGCAACAGUCGGUGGUAGGCGACUCGGAUGCUCGCCAGCAAAUCGCUAACCAGGUAGUCCAAUGGGAAGAGAACCUCGAGCGGCUGCACUGCGAACAAUUCCGGCUUCGGUGCUACAUGGCUAGCCUUCAAAGCGGAGAACUGCCCAACCCCAAGUCCCUGUUAACACACGUAUCGAGAGCAACGAAGAACACCUUAAACAAAUUAGGAGUAUUUACCGUGUCGUCGUUUCAUGCCUUUAUUUGUGCUAGAAGUCCUUCCUUGCUUAACAAUUUACUGGCUGGCAGGGGAGCCACCAAGAGGAGACCACCCAUGCUGUCCAGAUCCAACAGUGGCUCGAGCAGGAGAUCGUUACAGAUAAAUUCCCGCGACGAAUCCGAAAAGACUGUAAAAGUGUCACUUCCAGACGCCGCAACCGCAACCGUAUACGUACGCGAUUCGAUGUCGGUGGAGGAGUUCUUGGCUAGUGCUUGCGCCAGGAAAAACCUCAACCCCACCGAGCACUUUAUCAGGGUAAAGAAGCGUAGGGAAAUGGAGGACCAUAACUAUUUUGUGCCGCACAGGAGCGAUCUGAUUGAAACAUAUUUACAUACCCACGAAGUGGUAGAAGUCUGCGCGAAGAUACUGUACCAAGUGGAGUUAUCUCGGAACACGCUGGAGCAAAUGUGGGGAUUCAGCGUGGAGGCAGAGCUCGUGGAGAACGCUGACCGCCAGGACGAGCUUUGUUGUUAUGUCAGCCGCGUGGAAGAUAAAAGUGUCGCCAUGCAGAACGGAAUCAUAAAAGGGGACGAAAUAAUGGUGAUAAACGGCGCAAUAGUCUCCGACCUGGACAUGAUGUAUCUGGAGAGCGUGCUCCAAGAGGAGCUGGCCCUCUGCAUGAUGAUGCGUUCCUCUCGGACCGAGCCGCCGGAUUUGGCUGGAAUCCUGAGGGCGACCGACGACAUCAUCGAGAGCCUGGUGUGCCCACCGCCACCAUCGGAGCCCCCCGCCAUCAGUGAGGAGAUGAUCUCGGGACUCAUCGUACCUGCCCCAGGUUGGAAUGGCGUCCGCAAGGACCGCUACUCAACCGACUCGGAAAACCCCCCAUCCUCCAUGACUGACUCCGGCAUUAAAGUAAGCUCCAGAACCAACUCCUUCGAGAUAGAAAAUUUGCUCAAAACCGCCGAACAAGUAACCGGCUUCUGUCGAUCACCUGUUGAGACCAGGAAAACCAGCAGCCCCACCGGUAGCGUCGUCAGCAGCACCUCACAGGCCAUCCUGACUCCUUCCCGGCAGCUCUCCGAUGCAGAGAAACUUCGGAAAGUCAUCCUGGAACUUGUAGACACCGAGCGGGCUUACGUUAAGCACUUGAACAACUUGUUAGAGAACUAUUUGGAGCCUCUCAAGAAAGAGACAUUCUUAUCGAACGCGGAGAUUAAUGCCCUCUUCGGAAAUAUACAGGAAAUCGUUGCAUUCCAGCGGCAGUUCCUGCAAAACCUGGAGGAAGCCCUGGAGCUGGAACCGGAUUUCCAUAAAUUUGAAUACAGUAGCCAAUUUAAGAACGUCUUAUUCUCCAUUGGCAGCGCAUUUUUAUAUUAUGUAAAUCACUUCAAAUUAUACAGUUCGUUCUGCGCCAGCCACAGCAAAGCCCAAAAAGUUUUGCAUCCCAAUGAAGGGAAUCAGGCGCUACAAGAAUUCUUAGCAGCGAGAAAUCCUAAACAACAGCAUUCCUCUACGCUAGAAUCCUAUUUAAUAAAGCCCAUACAGAGGAUACUGAAGUAUCCUCUGCUGCUGCAACAGCUGAGAAAUUUGACGGAUUCCAAUAGCGACGAACAUCAGCAUCUUGUCGAGGCCUUAAAGGGAAUGGAAAAAGUUGCGGAACACAUCAACGAAAUGCAAAGAAUUCACGAAGAAUAUGGAGCAAUAUUCGACCACCUGUUUAGACAGCACCAAAAGUCUUGCAAGCAGCCCAUAGAUUUGAGUCCAGGGGAUUUACUCUACUAUGGUGGAGUCGAAUGGUUGAAUAUUUCUGAUUUCUUGGGCAAAAUCAAGAAAGGUCUAGAAUUACACGCGAUGUGCUUCGUUUUCAAAACUGCAGUAGUAUUUCUCUGUAAGGAGCGACUGAGACAGAAAAAGAAAUUAAUGGGAGUGUCCAGCAAAGGUUCCUCGUCCGAAGUAGAGAUUAUUAGGUAUCAGGUACUGAUUCCGGUUACGGAAGUACAAGUGAGGGCCUCUUCUGCCAAGGAUAUGGAUUCUCAUUUCCUGUGGGAAUUGAUUCACUUAAGAAGUCAAUUACAAAGGAGAUCGGAGAAGGUCUAUGUUCUAUCUAAUAGUACGGCGGAAUUCAGAAACGCGUUUCUGAAAACAAUUAGGCAAAUUAUUAGAGAGUCGGUCAGGAAUAUGUCGAUACCAUCUACGAAGCCUGGUGCUGGGCCAGGAAUACUUCUAGUCACUGGUCACAAACCCUGUCACACAAACAGUCAGACAUUGGAAAGGCCAGAUCGGGUAAAAACGGUGGUAGUGCAGGGAUCCCAUACCUUAGGAAAAGUCAGAAAGCCGAAAACGUCUCAAAGGCACUCAGCCGGUAACAUCGAUUACGAUAAUAUCAGUCAAGAAGCCGAAGAGCCUCCUAAUAGUAACUUUCGGACCAGGAGUAAAACAGUCGGAGACACUGCAGACAACAUGAAGAGGCAGGAGCUGGAUAAAAAUGACUCAGGUAUAAAAUCGGAAGGGGAAGAUGAUUCGCAAACAGGAACGGUGAAACCUAAAGCAACCCUAGGAAAGACUCCAAAUCAUUUAACUUUAAGUACAACUUCGACGCUAUCAGCCGGUAGCACCGGAAGUCAAGCUAGAUUAAUUCAGUCCUCGCAUCCUCCAGAAACCUUUCAACCAAUGCAAAUAGAAGAACUAGGGUCGCCUGUAUGGAAGCCAAGAGACAGUAGUUUAGAGGCAACCUCUACCACUCUCCCGCGCAAGGGCAGAGAUCACAGUAUGGCCGCGCUAAGCGCUUCGCGUAAGUCUCUCAUUGAAACAAGCACUGGCCUGGAGAUACACAAUACAUACAACCAGCAAUAAGGCUAACACAGCCUUGCAAUA